GACUCUUCCAGCGAGUCGUCCGACGAGGAGACCGACAGCGAGUCGGACGAGUCCAUGGAACUCUCGGACGACGGCGAAGGGGACGACGUGGCCGCGGACCCGUCUGUCUACAAGAGCAGGCACGGCGGCGUCGUCUACGACCUCCGCCACGGGAGCGUGCCCGAGCACCUCCGCGCCGCGAAGGUCGACGGCAGGGACACGGAGCCCGCGGCGGAAUGGCUGGCCGAGGAGCCCCCGCACAACGCGACGUCGUUGAGGGUCGCGAAGGGCCACUUCUUGAAAGUGUCCCUUAAGCCUCUGUUUCUAGAUCCGGCCGUGCAGGCGACCAAUACCGAGAUACGCUUCAUGGACGAAGACGGCCAGAUCACAAUUCGCCAGGUGGCCGGCAACAUCGUCUUUCUUCUGGAUGGCGCGAGGCCCGUCGGCCCUGCCGCCGCAGCGCCGGCGCCAGCCGGUGCUGUGGCCCUGCCGCGCAGCCGCAGGCGCGGCAGCCGCCCGCCAGGGCCUGGCCUGGGUGGCGGCUGGCACCGCGGCCACAACGUGCCGCUGUGGCACGCUGCCGAGGCUCGCCAGGGCCUGGCCUGGGUGGCGGCCGGCACCGCGGCCACAACGUGCUGCUGUGGCACGCUGCCGAGGCGCGGGGCAGCCUUCGGCGCGCGCGCGCCCUCGACGGCGGGCGUGGAGCCCGCCCGGAGGCGGGGCUGCGCGCUGCAGGGCCCUCCGUGCCUCUCUCUGCGCACGCCGCUGGCGGCUCUGCGACCGCCUCGGCGCGCGCGCCUUCCCAGCACCGGCGAAGCGCUGCAGGCCUCUCCAGGCUGCGGCAGCCGCCCCGCGGCCCGGUGGAGCUGUGCGCAGCGGCGCUGCAGGGCCGGGCGUCCGGCCCCCGCCCUCGUGCGCGGCGGGCGGCUCCACCGCGCGGACCCCCUCUCGGUGACUCGCGCCGCCGCGGUGGAGGCUGCGCAGCUGGAGCUGGGGCGGGAGCUGGUCGCGGGGUUUCGAGCGGGCGCGCGGGCCCUCGUCCCUGGCGGGAUGCAGCAGGAUCGGGUCGGCGCCCUCCUCUCCGCGCUCCACGCCUGGGGGCUGCGCCCGGGCCGAGCCGCGGGCGGCGCCACGGCGCAGAAGACCGGGGUGUCGCUGGACGGCGGCGUGGUGGUCGAGGUGGGCGUGGCGGUCCACAGCGGCGAUGGGGGGCGCGGGCGCCCCGCUGGGGUCGAGCUCCGCGGGGGGGGGCCCUGCGUCGUUGCCCUGGUCGUGCACGUGGGCGUCGUCGAGGGCGUGGAGGCGCGGGCGCCGAGCCCGGCUUCGGACGAGGACGACGUGGUGCUGCACCCCGAGGAGCUGGAGAACGUGAAGGCCUCCGACUGCCUCGACGCGCAGGACGUCGUGGCGGCGCUUGGCAGGCCCGCGGCGAGCACCGCUGACGAGAGGAGGGCCAGCCGAUAG